AGUCCUCCUCCUAACACUUCCUGUAUCUUCAGGCAUCGCCAUCAAGGAGUCGGCGAAGGUGGGCGAUCAGGCCCAGCGGAGGAUGAUGAAGGGAGUGGAUGACCUGGACUUCUUCAUCGGUGAUGAAGCUGUGGACAAACCUACGUACUCCACCAAGUGGCCGAUCCGYCACGGGAUCGUGGAGGACUGGGACCUGAUGGAGCGCUUCAUGGAGCAGGUCAUCUUCAAGUACCUGCGGGCCGAGCCGGAGGACCACUACUUCCUGCUGACGGAACCUCCUCUGAACACGCCAGAGAACCGGGAAUACACGGCCGAGAUCAUGUUCGAGUCCUUCAACGUCCCGGGUCUCUACAUCGCCGUGCAGGCGGUUUUGGCGCUGGCAGCCUCCUGGACUUCCAGGCAGGUCGGAGAGCGGACCCUGACCGGAACCGUCAUCGACAGCGGAGACGGCGUCACUCAUGUCAUUCCUGUGGCUGAAGGCUACGUCAUCGGCAGCUGCAUCAAGCACAUCCCCAUCGCAGGCAGAGACAUCACCUACUUCACCCAGCAGCUGCUGAGGGACAGGGAGGUGGGCGUCCCCCCGGAGCAGUCCCUGGAGACGGCCAAGGCGGUCAAGGAGCGGUUCAGCUACGUGUGUCCGGACCUGGUCAAAGAGUUCAGUAAGUACGACUCGGACGGGUCCAAAUGGAUCAAGCAGUACACCGGGGUCAACGCCGUCAGCAAGAAGGAGUUCACCAUCGACGUGGGCUACGAGCGCUUCCUGGGCCCGGAGAUCUUCUUCCACCCAGAGUUCGCCAACCCGGACUUCACCCAGCCCAUCUCAGAGGUCGUGGACGAGGUCAUCCAGAACUGUCCCAUCGACGUUCGCCGUCCGCUCUACAAGAAUGUGGUUCUGUCCGGAGGCUCCACCAUGUUCAGGGACUUUGGGCGGCGGCUGCAGAGAGACCUGAAGAGGACGGUGGACGCCCGGCUGAAGCUGAGCGAGGAGCUGAGCGGAGGAAAGCUGAAGCCCAAACCAAUCGACGUUCAGGUCGUCACUCAUCACAUGCAGAGAUACGCCGUGUGGUUCGGAGGAUCCAUGCUGGCAUCGACGGUGAGCAUCUGCAGACGCUAACAUUAGCGUUAGCUGGUGACUGAAUAGCAUGAUGGCGGCCAUUAGCAUAGCUAACAACAGUUAGCUCCCGUUAGCUCACAACAAUCCCCUCUGUCUUUAAGGACACAACGGAUUAGAACAACAUCCAGUAGCAUCAUCACUCAACAGUAGUGCUUUAAUCUUUAAGUUGACUUUUCCUUCACUGAGGGGUCGCAGCCGUCCAGGGCAGAUGUCCAGUAGAUGUCCAUGUCCCUUCCUGAGUCCGAGACAAAGUUACACAUUUUAUAGAUCUGACCGCAUCAAGGAGGGAAUGGUUGUCCGUUACACAUCCAUCGUUUUCUUCCACCGUGUUCCCAGGAGGUUCUGGUGCCUCCAGCAAAUGUUUUGGGCGAGAGGCGGGGUCACAGGUCACCUGGACAGGUUGCAGGGCAACAGAGACAUGAACACACAGACCAGUUAACCUGACAGUCAUGGUUCUGGACUGUGGGAGGAAACCGGAGAACCCGGAGAAAACCGACCA